CCCAUCACGGCCACCACAAUCUCAAGCUGUUCGUCGCGGCCCCUGACACAGCAGCACGACGAUAGCUGUGAGGAGUUCCAUCACAUCCCGUUCAAUCUCAGCUAUUUCCAGCGCAAAAGAAUGAUGGUGAGCAAAUUGUGGAAAGGCUGUUUCCCGGAUGUCACCCCGGAACAUGUGCACCGACACAAUUUCUAUUUGUGUCAAUGGCAACGGAAUACCCAGGUGCGAAUUAUCUAUCUUUUCUAUCGUUGGAUUACGGCGAUCAUUUGUUUGGCGGCAUUGGUCUGUUCGCUACUGGAUAUCGGUCGGACAGAUGAACAUUUUGAAAAUCAUUAUGCCAAAUGGUGGAUAUAUUUGACACAUUGGGGUCUGUUGUUUUGUACGGUUCAGGCAUGGUUGGCGGCAAUGAUUGUUACGCAGGGUAUGAUGGUGGAGAGGGAGGAUUUUGAAUUGAUGCGUCAGGCGAAAAAGUCGAAGCUGCAUUAUCUCUAUUGGAUCAUAUAUACAUGUGCGACGGUUUAUGCUUUUAUAAUAACGAUGUGUUAUUGGUUGCUGGUUCAUGAUCCGGAAGUCCACAAGAUCGACACAUUGAACAUUAUGGUACAUGUCUUGAAUUCGGUUAUAAUGCUCAUCGAUUUGGCCAUUGUCGGACAUCCAAUUAAAUUGAGCCACGUCUACUUUACCACUGGCAUUGGUUUGGCUUAUGCCAUAUUCACGGGAAUUUACUUUUUGGCCGGCGGCACCGAUAGGAAAAAUGAAAAAGCCAUUUAUCCCAUGCUCGACUGGAGGAAGCCGGGCAAGGCCAUUAUUGUGACCGUGUGUGCCAUCAUCUUUGUAUUUGUGGUGCAUUUUCUGUGUUUCCUGCUGUACCGGGCCCGUGUCUGGCUCUUCACCAAACUCUGUAUACGCAGUUCGCAUCAUCGUCGUCGCGAUGGUGACAUUUGUGAGGGUCUCAACGAUGAUUCAUGUGCCCGGCUGGGCGGUGGCAGUAGUGCUGAUUAUUCGCAUCAGCAACAGUUCCCAACAAUUGUACACUCGGAACAGCCACAUCGUACACAUUUGUCGGUGGCCACCAGUGCAGCAGCUACACAGCCACAGCCAACGACCGAACAUUUGUAUGCCAAUGCGCCAAGUCAUCAUGGUGGAGGCAGCACCACCAGCCAUCAUCAUCAACAGCAGCAACAGUCGUCGCAUCAUCAUCAUCAAAGUCAUCAUACACCGCAUCAGUAUCCACCCCAGUAUUCGGGAUAUCAGCAACAACCUGUUGUGGCCGGCGUCAAUGUGGGUGUAAUUAGUUCGGCUGAUAUUUAUCAACAUCAGUCGCAUCAGCAGCAACAACAACAGCAGCAGCACCAUCAUCAGCAACAGCCACAUGAUAACAAUAAUAAACAACAACAACACAAAAGUGGUGGAGGUGGUGGUGGCUCAUCAAGUGUUGGUGGUGGUGUAACUGGCGGUGGCGGUGGCAACUCAUCGAAUUCCGCCUUAUCACGCACUGUCUCCCACUUGGAUGCAUCACAACGUGAACAAUUCCUAAAUCCCAAUCAAAUUGUGGAAUAUAAAAUGUAAAGACGUUGUACCCGGCACCGAUAUACCUUCAAUUUGUCCAUGAAAUUUCUCGAAAAACAUUGUCCCCAAUGUCAGGCGUAUAGGGAGCAGGCCCAGCUAAGCGAUGAGGGCGAUGG